CUUAAAAUCCCUCUUUUCCCGCGAGCUAAAAAGCCCCUUUGCCACUGCCACUAGCCCUACCAUCUCCAAUCUCAAACUUUCCGUCUCUCCAAACAGUCCCUUCCCAUUCAGUCCAAUAGCUUCAACAUUUUCAGCUUUCUCUCUCUCUCUAGGUCUUCGUUUACGCCCUCUCCGUCUCUCCGAUCCGGAUAUAUCCCCCAAUCAUCUCGCCGUUCUUCGCUGUUUCGGGAAUCACAGAGAGAGGAAGUUCGUGGAAGGUUGUAUUGCUCUUUGAAGCAACCGAAGGUUUGCAAUUGUGAGAGAUUAAAUUUUAAUUGCGUCUCCGAUUCGAUUCACUGGAGCGAAUCCAAAUAGCAGUGGUGCUCCUCGUAGUCGUAAUCUGGGAAAGGAUAUUGUGCAUUUUAAUGAUUGUUCGUGUACUAACGAGUAGAACCUGAGUUUUAUAUGUGAUGGAGUUGAGAAGUUGCAAUCAUUUGCACUUUAUCCAGGCUCUGGAAGGUGGUUUAGUGGUAAAGACUCUGAAUGUGGCUCGCGGACAGCCAGUACUCAGAUUCAAGGAGUUGAAAGACAUACAUGAAAGAUUAGAUGCCAAAAAUGGUGAUUCAUUCCCAAGAAUUCCGCCAAAAGAUGAGUUCAGGGGAUCAGUUGUCAACGGAGAUAGGGUCAUGGGUGAAAGUCCAAGUAGGCGUACUGUGGGGAAUGUGACAGUCAAAACUGAACCUGAAGUUUACGAUUUUGAUAGCAGUGAUGGCAAUGCCGGAAGAAAUAAUGAUUUGGAUGGUUUUGGUAAUAUUACACUGAAGCAGAUUAAAGAGACAUGCAAGGACAAGAAAAGAAAACGUUCAACAUCUGGUGAUUUGAAAAAAAUAGAAACGUGCUCACCUGUAAAGCAUGAGUUUUUUAAGUUGCAAACUGAUGAAGAGGAUGUUGAUCUCAUAGAGCCUCUUAGUAAGUGGAAACUCUCAAAGAAGGCAAAGGCCAAUACUAAGAGUAAACAUAAAAAAAAGGGUUUCUCUUCAAUGUCUCAAAGUUCCAUAUCGACUAUCACAUCAGAACACAUCCCAAGUGAGCCGGAAUCUGGUCUGAACAUUAAAGUAGAGGUUCCUGAAACUGAGUUUUCAGAUAUCCAAAACACAAUUCCUGCUGCUGGUGAUACCUCUUUGGCUUGUGAUAAUCAGGAGGGUUCUUGCGGAGUGGUGCCUGAUGAAUCUCCUGCGAUAGCUGCUGAUUGUGUUUUCGAGACCGAGUUGCCAAUUUACGAAACAAAUGAAAGUCAGAUUUGUGUUGUAAAUGAAGUCUGCUACGAAGAUAUGGAAUGUGCAGAUCCCACACCUAUUCAGAUUGUAACGACCUCAGAAUGGGAUAUUGUUGAGGUUGAUGAUUCAGAGUUCAAUAGUGACGAGUGCUUGGAUUUGCCUCUAUUAGAAUAUAACAUUGAAGGACAUAUCACGAAUUCAGUUCACCCUGACAACUUCAUUGAAGCAAUAUGUUCGGCGCAAGAUCAAAAUUUUGAUCUGCACGACACUAUCUCCUCUGAGGAUGAAAGGUUAUGUCAGACUAACAGCGAGACCCAGGUUCGAAUAUCUGAGGUGGUGGGUGAUGAUCUCUUUCAGUGCAUGGGACCUGUUAACGGAACUGAUUCAUGUCUAUCUGAGCCUGACAUGAAUGAUGAUUCACCUUGGAAUGUUGAAUCCAGUGCUGGGUCUGGUAGCGGUUUUGUUUCUGUUGCUGAUGAUUCCCCCGUGGCUGAGGAGGAGAAGCAAUCCCCCAAGUCUGCCUGUGCUGGUGCAGAAAGAAACUUGUCUCCAGGGAUCUUUUCUUCUGAUGCUACUGACGAGCUUACGACACUAGUGAGUGGUGGGAGUCCUAGUUUAAACGAGCAGCGUCCUCCUCAAAGGCUCUUUCCGACCAGAAAGGUGAUUUCACCAACUUCCCAAGAAAAACUGUGCAAGGCCAUGAAGUCAAUUGAGUUACACGGUGAAGAACAUCCCGGUUGUAAGGCGAAUCUAUGUUUUGGAAAACAAACCGAGAGGACGAUUGGCGGAGGUCAAGGGCCUGAUCAGAUCAAGAGAGCGAAAUUGUCUAUCAAAGUGCAAAACAACGGGAAUCCGAAGAACGAGAAGAUUAAUUCCCACCCUAAAGGCAUCCCUAAAGCUUCCAAGGUUUCUGCAGCACCACCGCGUUUUACCACCGGGUGUACUUCAAUCCGAACCUGUUCGGAGAGUGCCAUUGCAUUCUCGCAACGCCAGAUGCAGGACAUUGAAUCCCUUGCAACAAAACUCACGAUUGAGUUACAGACCAUGAAAGAAAUUGCAGAAGAAAGAUUACUGCCUGAGGCCUAUCAUGCUACACCCUUGAAAUAUAAUGCAAAUGAGGUGCAGAUGGCUAUUAGGAACGCAACGAGAGUCGAAGCAUCUGCGAAAAGAUUGCUUUCCAUGAUGUCAAGGGACUGCAACCGGUUUUGUAAAAUCAUGAAAAUGGCUGAUAUCGACGUCGAUGCUUCUGAAAAUGUUGCAAACAAGGACAAGGAGGGGAAGAAGAUUGUGUUUGCUGAUGAAGCUGGGGAAAAGCUCUGCCAUGUCAAGUUUUUUGAGAAUGACUUGGCAACAUUUUCGGAUCAAAAUCUGGAUUUUCUGGUUAAAUAACUUGAAAACCUUGUUUCUUGUAUAAGUACAAUUUUUUUUUUUGUUAUCAUCGAGGCUGCACCUUAAUUUAACCUGGAUCCUUUCCGUACCAUCAGGAAAUCCAGAUUCUUGAUUUGUGUGGAAGAGAAAUUGGUAUCUUUGGUUUGUAUGAGGUGAAUCAAGAAAAUGGGUUAAUAAGGUCCGUCGAAUUUA